CCAAGGGCUGAAAACAAAGCCAUCAUCCGUGGCAAACGCUGCCCACCAUGGAGCAGAAGGAAGAGGUCGAACGCUGGCCCCAGCUCAAGAAGAAGAAGCGGCGCUCGCUGAGCGUCGAGCGCCUGCGCGGUCUCUUCUCUUUCAAGAGCAGUCCCAAGGCCAAGGCUAAAGCCAAGGCCGCGGCGCCGCGCGGCCGGUCGCCGACGCGCGCCCAGAUCCGCGUGCCGUUCGACAAGCCGGCGGCGGCUGCGCCGGCAGCGAAGCCUCCGGCGCCGGCGCCGGCCAAGCCGGCCAAGCCGGCGGCUCGGCAGCCUCCGGCACCCGCGGCGCCGGCGCCCGCGCCGGCGGCCGCUGCGGCUCGGCCCGCGCCGUCCACAGCAAAAACCGCGCCGGCAGCUCGGCAGCCUCCGGCGCCGGCGGCGCCGGCGCCGGCCGCCGCGGCUCGGCCCGCGCCGGCGCCGGCGCCGGCGAAACCGCGGCGGCGCGAGCUCGGCAUCGUGACGCACCCGACCGAGACGUUCGUCGCCACGCCGCCGGCGCCCGCGCCGGCGGCCGCACGGCCCGCGCCGGCGGCCGCCGCCAAGCCGCCGACGGCGCCGGCAGCUGCCGCCAAGCCGCCGGCGCCCAAGCCACAACAAAGGCCCGCGGCGGCCAUGCCCCCGCCCGCACCAGUAACACAGACGGACCGCCCCGCGCGCGAGGGCUCCUUCCGCCUCGUGCACCGCGACAAGGUGCGCAACACCACUCUCGCGUUCAAGACGCCGAAGCUCGGCUUCACGCUCGGGUUGUGGAAGGACGGCUGGAUCCGCGUCCAGCGCGUCGCGCAAACGUGCCCCCACUUUUUAGCUCUCGCGCCGGGCGACGCGCUGCUCCGCGUCGGCGACGACAAGGUCCCCGUGCCCUUUCCACGCGACGACUUCGCGGGAUUAUUGCGGAAGCUCUCCGCGGCGCCGCGGCCGCUCGAAUUAACCUUCGUGCGCGUCUUAGAUGAUGCGCCGGCGCCGCCCGCGACGUCGCCCGAGUUCGCGUUGGUGGAGGACCCGCCGACGCCGGCCGCCGCCGCGGGCGGGCCGCCGCCCGUCUUCGGAUCGCCGCCGGCGCCGGCACCCGCCGCCGCGCCGGAACCGGCCGCGGCACCGCGGGCGCCGCCGGCGCCGGCGCCGCCUGCGCCGGCGCCACCCGCGCCGGCGCCGCCCGCGCCCGCUCCCGAGCCUCCGGCGCCCGCGGCGGUGCCAUCGAUCUUCCGGACGUCAGGAUCGCCGUCGACGGUCCAAAAAAAGCUCCUGAAGUCGCCGCGCGCGAAACGCGACACGAGCUGGAUAAAAAAGCCGACGGAGGCGAGCCCGACGCGGCGGCCGGCCUCGCCGUCGGACCCGCGCGCCGCGCCGGAGGCCCCGACGCCGCCGGCCUCGCCCUGGCGUUCUGAUGAAGACGCGGGCGGCUUCGUCGGGCCCACCGCGGACAUCCAGCCCGCGGCCAUCCGUCGGGCGAAGGCGGCCGAGAAGGCGGACGUCGCCUACGCCGCGGCGGCCGAGUCGGAGAAGCCCGAGACGCUCGACUUCUUCAACUGGCUGAGCGGCGAGCAGGACACGCCGUCGAAGGCGCGUAAGAACUAAUGAUUCGAGAUACGGAACACGUUAGGCCUCGCGAGCGUCUUGUGCGCCUGCAGAGGGCCGCUCCACUAAUU